AUGCUUCCUCCAUUCCUGGCUUUAAGGAAUAAAAAAGAGCCAAAGCAGCUGGAUCAAUCGUUGGUUAUCGCGCCUGAAACCGAAUCUCGCAAACUAUUCGGAGGCUACAGGAUAACGCCCAGAUUCUGCAAACCCACCCGACAACCAACAAAACCCACAGGAGGACCCAACAUCUGCAUGUUCAACCACGAAUGCCUUCAUAGAAAUGGCGAAGUCGUGGGAGCUUGCAUGGAUGGCUUCCUUUUCGGCGCCUGCUGCCAGCUUCCAGCAGGAGUAGAGGUCGGAGAGUUUUUAACUAGCGAACUCCUAGCAGUGAGCCCAAUAGAAAACACAUUGUCUACUCGUCCAUUCAUAUCAUCUUCAAUAGCUACCAAGAGACCGCCCACAACUCCUAUGUUGGACAUCACCUCCAGUGGAGUCUCACAGAUUACUGCUUCCUUGUUAAGUCCUAGCGUAUUACCUACGGCUCAAGAUAACGUGAUGGUGCAAAUAGGAGGUGAUCAGUCUUAUUUCUCAACCACUGGAGUAACACAUCCUCAGAAUGUAGAGACGAUUGUUCUUAACCAGCAGGACAACGAAAUAGACCCGGGAUAUUUUAUGCCCACUACACGCCCUUCGAUGGAAGAUAGAAAAACCACAAUGAGAAAUGAAGAAACCACUAUUCCAUACGCUAGCUCGCCUAUCCUUCAUAUCUCUGUAUCAAACGCACCUCUAGAGUAUACGCCUUCCCCAGCUAUCCACAGACCCAUGUUCAGACCGAAACCAUCCAAGCCUUCCAAACCUUCAGAUAUAGACAAAUACGUUUUAGUACCUACCAUAAUGCACGACACUCCUAAGCCAAACAAAACUCAGGAAUACGACUCUAUAGUAAACAUAAUUCAUCUCCUAAAUAGUACCACAAAGAAACCUCCGUCUACCUCUUACGUCUUCAGCACGACUGUGACUAGACGACCAGUAUCUGACAUCGAAAAGCCAACAUCCCCAAAGCCUCCAUCUACAUCAUACGUGUUCAGUACCACUGUACCUCCACGAAGAACCGAGUCGCCUACCACCACGAAAAAGAAAACAUCUACGAAGAGACCCAAACCAACAAAACCUACAACAAGUCGUCCAGUUACUAUAAUCACGAAAAGACCUAUUGGAGUCAUCGCUUCUCACGUAAAGCCAAGCAAGACAACCGUGGCUAAUUAUCCAGCAGCUUUCUUGACGAGUCAAAGACCUCCUUCCACGUCAUACAUUUACAGUUCUAUACCAACACGACGACCACCUUCAACUGUCAAUACUCACAUAGCCGGCCCUGGAUUCACCGUCACUUCCGCUCCUUUAUCGAGCACUCUCGGACAAUUUUCAAACUACCCGAGUCCAGCACCUACUGUAAUCGUCUUGGGGCCUGUGACCGACAAUGAAAUUAUACCAGAAAGGCCUUCUGUUGUGGCUAGCACAUACGAACAAUAUCCAGUGACAGUUCACCGUCCAACUGCCAUCCCACAACGCAAACCUAUCAAUCAAGUAACGAUAAAUAACCACGUGACUCAAAACAUAUACAGUACCAGUGAGAGUCCAUCCCCCACAGUACUGAUAACUCCUAAGCCUAGCAUCUCAACUUCUUUGAGACCACAGGAAACUUCGGACACUGUCGAAAUAGCAGCACCAUCAUCUCAAGAUGAUUUAAUAAAUUUUCCCCCAGUGAGAAAUCCUAACCUUAACAUGUCGUCCCUUGCCUCUUUAACUGAAGAUGAUAUAACGACUCCUGCUUUCAUAGAAGAUGACGCUUUGAACGCUAACAUAGAAUCCUUCGUCAAUAAAGUAAUUCAAGGGCUACAAGAACCUUUCGGGGGGUUGAAGGAUAUCGUUUACAACAAAAAGAAUUCAACUGUUUUACUUACAAACUCUGCCGGUACGUCUACGAAGAAGCCAAUUAGAAAGCAAGGCACUACAACGAAGAAACCUCCAAGAACUUCUACAGCUAAACCAACUAGGCCAGUUACCUCUUCCAAUAUCCGACCAGCAACGAGUGCCAAGCCUACCGUGAGACCAGUUACGACAAAAAGAACGACAACUAGAAGGCCUCCAACAACGGUUCCCACUAGAAGACAAACAACGACUACGAAAAGGACCAGGGCUACGACUAGGAAGCCUAUAACUACUACUACAGAGUCCUUGAUCGACCACCAGACUGAAGACAACAUCCCCAUUGACAGUGAAGAUUACAGGACCCAGUGCGGCGUCCGACCCCUGGUAAAAACCGGCCGGAUCGUAGGCGGCAAAGGCGCCACCUUCGGGGAGUUCCCCUGGCAGGUGCUGGUGCGGGAGUCCACCUGGCUGGGGCUCUUCACCAAGAACAAGUGCGGGGGCGUCCUGAUCAGCCACAAGUACGUGAUGACGGCGGCGCAUUGCCAGCCCGGCUUCCUGGCCUCCCUGGUGGCCGUUUUCGGAGAGUUCGACAUCUCGGGCGACCUGGAGACCAAGCGGUCGAUCAGCAGGAACGUCAAGAGGGUCAUAGUGCACAGGCAGUACGACGCGGCCACCUUCGAGAACGACCUGGCGCUGCUGGAGCUAGAGCAGCCAGUGCAAUUUGACAGCCAUAUAAUUCCUAUCUGCUUGCCGAGAGACGGCGACGAUUUCACCGGCAGGAUGGCGACGGUGACGGGCUGGGGACGGCUGAAGUACGGAGGAGGCGUGCCCUCCGUACUCCAGGAGGUGCAAGUGCCUAUAAUGGAAAACCCCGUUUGUCAGGAGAUGUUCCGGACAGCGGGGCAUUCCAAAGUCAUCCUGGAAUCGUUCUUGUGCGCGGGCUACGCGAACGGACAGAAGGACUCAUGCGAGGGCGACUCAGGGGGUCCCCUAGUUCUGCAGCGGCCCGACGGAAGGUAUCAGCUAGCGGGGACGGUGUCGCAUGGUAUCAAGUGUGCCGCGCCCUACCUGCCCGGGGUGUAUAUGAGGACGCAGUAUUUCAAGCCGUGGAUAACAUCCAUCACAGGAGUGACGUCGCCAAAGAUCUUGAAUUGCAUAGAUAAAGAUAAAGAUGAAGAUGAGGAUGAAGAUGAGGAUGAGGAUGAGGAUGAGGAUGAGGAUGAGGAUGAGGAUGAGGAUGAGGAUGAGGAUGAAGAUGAGCAUGAGGAUAAAGAUAAAGGAAGAAUUAAUUGA